UGAAGCGUCUGUCCCUCAGCCUCGCGUCCCUCCAGGCCUCUUGCGCGGUGACUUGAGCGAGGACGGAAGUGACUGUUAUCGUGUUUGUCUGUGUCUGUCUCUGGCAAGCAAGCGUGUAUUAGCGGCCCGGGGCGUGCUGUGAGGCGCUGACGAGAUUGAGGCGGUGGUGUUGUGGUGUGUCGGCGGGUGGCAUCACUGACGGGGGAGUGUGUCGCGUUGAUCUGCCUCGUUGCGCCUCAAGGGGAGCAUUGGAUGGGUUGAGCUGCCACUGAGCCCUUGAUAUGACCCUCCGACCGCCUCCAUCAUCUCUACCGCCGCCACGAACAACAGCGAUACUACCACCACUACCACCGCCGUCACCCCUGCCACCACCGCCAUGACCACAGCCGCAGAGAGCAUCAUCGCAGCACGUGAAAGUGCUGAGGGCGGCGACGGUGGUGGUGGGCGGGGGAGUGCACGGGAGCAGCGCCGCCUACCACCUGGCCAAAGCGGGGCAGGACACUAUUCUCUUGGAGCAGUUCCCGCUCCCACACUCCCGCGGCAGCAGUCACGGGCAGACGCGCAUUAUUCGACUGGCCAACUACGGCGUUCCGCAACUCACUGCACUCAUGGCGGACUCCUUCGGCAUGUGGAGGAAGAUCGAGCAGGAGGCGGGCGUGUCGCUGGUCAGGUCCUCCCCCAUGCUGGUAGUGACCGAUGACGCCAAGAUGAUGGCCCGGGUGGAGAGGUCAGUGCGGGAGGGAGGUGACACGCCCCAGCGCCCCCGUCUCAGCGAGGUCAACAGGAAAUACGGCUCCAACCUGCCCGCGGGGAACCUGACCCUCAUUGACCCCUCCGCCGGUGUUCUGAUGGCCGACAAGUGUGUGGCGACCCUGCAGCGGCUGUUCCGGGAGGCAGGGGGUCGCGUGGUGGACGAGUGGCCGGUGGAGAGAGUGGAGGUGGGGCCUGGCGGGGCGGUGGAGGUGCGGGGACCGAGGGGGCGUGUGAGGGCGGAGAGGAUCGUCCUGUGUCCUGGGCCGUGGGCAGGUCCGCUCCUGGCCAAGAUGGGCGUGCACCUGCCGCUUGAGGUGAGGCGAAUCUCGGUCUUCUAUUGGCGGAUCAAGGACCAGGCCACGCCCACCGUCUCCUUCGUGCACUACGGGAAUGAGUACCACAACUACGGCCUUGCCCAGCUCGAAUACCCCGGGCUGAUGAAGCUGGUACAGCACACUGGGCCGGUCAUCAGCAGCCCGGAGCAGAGGGACCAGCGGGGGGCCUCGCGGGAGCAGCGGACCAAGAUGCAGCAGUACGUUAGGGAGCACUGGCCCACCCUGCACCCCGAGCCCGUCAUCGAGGAAUCCUGCCUCUACACGAUGACGCCGGAUGAGGAGUUUGUGAUCGAUUCUCAUCCGUCUCAUCCAAACGUCGUCUUCGCCUGCGGGUUUUCAGGUACUGGCUUUAAGACGGCCCCGGCAGUCGGCGACAACCUGUGCCGCCUGGUCCUCGGCCGCGCCCCCCGCCACGACCUGUCCGCGUUCAGAGCCUCGAGGUUCGCGCCGCGGAGCAGGAUGUGAGGCGCUGGAGAGGCGUGAAGAGGCUGGAUGGGCGGGAGAUGAAAGAGAGGCUCGUGUUGAAAGGUCUUGGAAGGGCUGAAAAGGCAUAAGAAGAGGCAGGUCAUACAAUUUAUCCUCAGCAGGCGAUUUUAUUUUAUUAUCUGUUUUGGAGGAUGGUUUUCUCGUCUGGUCAAAAGAGCAGAAGAGGCUAAAAGGGAGUGAAGAGGUCGCGGAAAGGCAUUCAGGUCAUAUGUUAAGUCCUGCUUCAAAUAGGUGUUUUUCGUCGUAAGAAGCCUUACUAUACGUUUCAUCUGCUGUAUAAUUUUAGACGUGCACUAAUUUCAAUUUAAGAGAAGGCAGAAUAAGCAAAAAUGUAUAAAAAGAAUUGCCUGUAUCAUGAUAUUGCUUACGCUUUAAGGUGCUUUUCGCUGCAGGAUGGUUUGCGGUAUAAACGUUUCAUUUGCUGUAAAAAUUGAUACGUCUACUAUUUUUACAACAAGAGAAAGCAAAAUAAACAAAAAAUGAUAAAAAAGCGCCUGCAUCAUAUUUUUUUUCUGUUGUGUGGUGGAUUUCGUUGCAAGAUUGUUUACGAUACGUUUAUCAUCCGCUUAACCUGAUGUUUACUUUUUUUCUACAUUAAGAGGAAGCAAACUAUGAGGCAGUCACUCAAACCAUUCACUUUACACCUGGUUAAGUCCCGUGCUUGUUUUGAUGUAAAGGUUCUGACAUGGUUCUCGCGCUAGUCUGUCUACGAUAUAUUGUGUUCGCUUUAUAAUCUGAGGCGUGUAGCUACAAUAUUUACGGUAAGAGGAGGCAGGCCGAGGCAUGCACACGACAAUAUUAAAAAAGAAAGGCUGACAUGAUACUUUGGUUUCCUGGGGUGGUUUUCGCUGCGAGGUUGUGUACGUUACGUUGUGUUCUGUGAAUAAUUUUAGCUGUAUAUUCUAUGUUCACGGUAACAGGAGGCAGGCCGGGGAGUAAGCAGAUUAGAUUUAGAGGAAAACUCACAAUACGAUAUUUCUCUCUCCUGAGAUGAUUUUCGCUGCUAGGCUACUUAUGAUAUGUUGUGUUCUCUUUAUAAUCUGAGCCGUGUACUAUUUUUACGUUAAGAAGGGGAUGGCCAAGUGAUGAAAAAUAUGUUAAGAGAAAUGCUCACCUUUCGAUAUUUUCCUUUCCUGAGGUGGGUGGAUUUCGUUGCAAGGUUGUCUACGAUGUUAUAUUCUCUGUAUAAUCUGAGCUGUGUAGUAUUUUUACCGUAAGAGGAGCCAAGCCGAGGGAUAAGCAAAGAAGAUUUAGAGAGACGCUCACAGCACGAUAUCUUGCUUUCCUGAGGUGGAUUUUCCUGCAAGGUUGUCUGCGAUAUGUUUCGUUCUCUGCAUAACCUGAGCUGUGAACUAUUUUUACGGUUAGGGAAAGCAGACUGAGGGAGAAACAUCAAAAACAUUUAAGUAGAACGCUCCCAAUACGAUAGUUUUUCUUUCCUGAGUUUUUUGUAGUUGUUGUUGUUCAGUGAUUAUGUACGAUAUCUUGUGUUCUUUAUUAGCUGAGAAUUGUACCAUUUUACGUAAGAGAAAUCAUGACGAGAUAUAAACAAAGAAGAUUCAGAGAAAAACGUUCGCAACAUGAUAUUUUUCCUGCUUUCGUGCUAUAUUUUUUGUGCAUGCUCUUCAGAUUUGUUUGAAAUUGUACAACAGUAUUCAGUGUUUAAGAAAAUGGAUUAUUCAGUGUCAAAUAAAUUGUGCUAUAAAAAAAAUGCCCAAACAAAAAUACAUUCGUGUUGACCAUUUAUAUUUCUCUCUUUGCUCAGUUGUUUUCUGUAUUUAUUCUUUUUCCAAUUAAGAGUUUGGUACAUUGCA